AUGUCGCUCCUCGAAGUCUGGCAAGCAGCUGCAAGCAGCCCAUUCCAGCCUGCAGUCGGGAAAGACAGCCAACUCUCCCUGGGACUGCUGCUGUUGCUCAUCGGCCUCGUUCUCACCGGUCUUUUUGGCUUGAACCGAUCCCCUCUCUCGAUUCCUCUCUUCGGAAUCCCUGCCUCCCUGGCAUUUGGAUUUGGCGCCGUGUAUGCCAUUUGCGGCUUUGGAGUAUAUGUCUAA